AUGGGUGAGGGGGAAAAAGACAUAGCAUCCUCCCCCUUCGACGAUUCUGAGGCAGAUAUAAUACUACGAUCUUCGAACAAUGUGAACUUCCACGUAUACAGUGUCGUUUUGAAGUUGGCCUCCCCUAUCUUCCGCGACAUGUUUUCCAUCCCCCAACCGGCAACACAAACAGAAACACCCGUAGUAGAGAUGGAAGAGGAUUCGACCACUCUUGACAUAAUGCUGCGACUGUGCUACCCGGGGCCCGACCCGCGCGUUACGACGCUCGCACGAUUAACAUCCAUUCUGCGCGUGGCGGAAAAAUACGACUUGGACGGUGUCGUGGAGAAAAUGGGCUGCAGUUAUGCUGAGUUGGUAGAUUUCGAGGAAGUACCCAUCGAGGCCUUUGCGAUGGCAUGUCGUUACCGUUGGAAAGAGGUGGCGUUAACCGCAGCGAAGGCGUCGCUAGGCUUCACAACGGAUGAACUUCUACACCAGGAGGCCGAAGCUUUGAAGGUAGCAUGCAACAAUGUCACCAAGCACAUCGAGUGGGUUGGCUACUACACCAGUACCGGCCGCUUUGAGGUCUACUCUUUCGAACGGCAUGCAAGCAAUACGGUACCCAAGCCAAAGCGGUGCAGCGAUGUUAUGCAGCUUGGCUAUCGGGCGUUUCCAAGUUGGUGGUGCAACUACAUGCAAGAAAUCGGGAAGGAGUUCAUGUUGCAGGGCCCUACGUCUGUAUGUCUCAUCGACAGCAGCAUAUUGAAAACUAUCAGCGCGAGCGAGUGCAAGUCAUGCAAAGACGUGGCAAAUUUUGGCGACAUAUACCGGUUCCUAGAACAAUUUCGCGACAGAAUCGAUAGUACAAUAAAAAGUGUUAAAUUGGAGUUAUCCUUCUGA